AUGGUCGGCUUCGACGAACACAUGCUGGACUCUUGGGGUCCAGCAGUUUGGGGAGUCAUCUUCGACCGAUUGCAAAGUGGAAACGUCAAAGGUGGCGCGCUCCAGGUUGCCUGGCCAAGCAACGUCGACAAGCAAACAGCAGCCCAGCAAAUUCAAUGGGCCAUUAAGUUGCCUCUUCCCCAGCUCCCUCAGAAGGCACUUGAAAUGAUAUUUGACAGAAUGGUUGGUUUCUCAGUGGGAGUCCGAUAUAUGGAGGAAAAGAAGAUCCACGCCAUGCAUGGACUUGUAGUACACAAUGGACCACUCAAAUCGAGCGUGGAAAAGUGGUUCAAACGCCCUGGUACCGUUGAAAAAUGGAGGGAACUGAUUCGCUCUUACGAAAAUUAUGAAGAUGCAAUGGCCCAUUUGUCGGAUUGCACUACGUUUCCAAGAGAAACUGACAAUCAUCCAUUCAAGACCCAUCCUGCAUACAAUGCUGCAAUGCAAUGCGCUUCCUGCUUGGAGUUCCUUGUUCACUUCGGGAUCGUCACGCCCAAUGGCUAUGACUUAUCAGGAAGAAACUGGAUUGAGGCGGGAUUGAAUGGUUUCAAUAUGGGUUUGCUCACCUACAUUGUCAGCAAUGCCGAUCCUCAACAUCUCACCAAACCCAGAGAUAUCAGAGAAACUCGCGAGAACCACAUUCUUCUCUCCCUCGUCGGUGUCAGCGCAUUUUCCCAAUUUAUUAUUGCGCUGAACAGGCUACGCCAGGCAAAACUUGUACCGAUCGAGGAACUUCGCACAAUUUUCCACGAAGCAGCCAUGCAUGAGUUCUGCGCUGUCGCACCCGUCGCCGUGGCAGAAACUCUCUACCAACACGGAAUCAACAUCGGCAACGUCGAGCACCAGUACCACGAACUCGGCGGACAGCUAGAAUCUUCCUGGCACAUCGCAGCAGCUUUCAACCCCGCGGGAGCCGACUUCAUGGCCUGGCUCGAGAAAUUCUCCAUGCUCAACGCAGAAGUCCGAAACUCGGAGAACAUGAACCCACUGAUGUACGCCGCAUGCUUCGACGAGCCAGCCGCAAUCGACUGGCUGUGUCAGAAAUGCGAUCCGAUGCAGUCCAGAUUAGCCGGCGGCCCACAAGGGUACGCCCUGAUAUGCGCGGCUCGAAGCUCGUACCCCCGCAGCGGCGAGAUAUUCUCCAUUAUCCUCUCACAUCUACCCUACAAACUAUUCGUCAACGAAUACGGCAAAAUCUUCGGCACAGAAAUUGCCGAAGGGCUAGCAUCGCACAAGCGCAAGCUCGCCUCCAGCCGAAUCUACGAGCCGACGCAGAACGUGAUGGAGCUUCUCGCCAUACGCAAGAUGCAAGCGCUCGUCUGCCGCUUGCCUAAUUCCUGGCCCGGAAGCGAAUGGCACCUGGCACUGGAUGCGUUUAUACGCGAUAACGAUCUGAAUGUCCUCAAACACAGUAUCGGUACAGGGACGCGGCUGCUUCGGAGCUCUUCGCGAGAGAGCUCGCGCACCCGUCGUGGCCCACACUAUCCGAAAAGCCCUCAGUUACGCAGUAUUUCUGAAGCUGAGGCACUGCUUAUGUAUGAGGGUCAUAAUACGGCACAUCCCGCUGACGCGGGGGUUAUUAGGAGGAAUAGGCCGAAAUAUAUUACCGCUCGCAGUGGUGGGAGACAGACUCUUGGCCCUAUCAGGGAUCCUAGUAAUAUGGUCACCAAGAGUGUGCACAGGAAUGGAUCGCGCCGAAGUUGA